AUGGCAGCCACAUCGGAUGAACGGCUGUCUCCCACGAACGUGAAAGCGGGAACGCAGGCCCCUGGGUCGGCGGGACAGCUUACAUCGUGCCUGAGCGGAGAAUGGGCGUCCGGCCUUAGCGACUUCACCGCUGCGGCACCGGACGCGAAAAUCGGCAAGGGAUCGUCGUCCAACCUCGACGAUACCAAAGCGGGUAAGUCGAGCAAGACGCUGAGCGCCGAGCAGCUGACUGACGUCGAGAAGACUGAGGCGAUGAAAGAUACUUUGGCCAUGGCAUGCAAGCUGAACGCGACCCUCAGUGCGGAGCAAGUGGCCGACGUCGUGCACGACGUGUCGAAGAAGGCGGCGCUUGCCGUGGUCGAUAAGCUGAACCUUCUGGGCUCCCUCGGCAGCAGUGCGUUGGAGAAGGAAGCCGCGCUCGACACCGACAAGCUGGACGCGAACACGAGUGGGAGUAAAGUGGCCGACACCGAGAAGGCCGUCUCGAAGAAGCAGGGGCAAGCUGAGAAGGCAGAGCCACGCCCUGCGCUCGAGCUGAACGCGAACCUGAGCGAUGACCGGGUGGCUGAAUUGAAGACGGUCUUUGAAGGCUACGACGCCGAAGGAACCGGCGCGAUUCCCGUCUCCAAGCUGGGAGCCGUGAUGCGCAGUCUGGGGUACAAACUCACGGAGUCGAACCUCCAGGAUAUCUUGGGACCCAUGAAAAGAACCAUCAUUACCUUCAGCGAAUUCAUCACCAUGAUGGCGAAGGACGUGCUGGCGGUGAACACCGAGGAAGAGUUCAAGCAGGUGUUCAAGGUGUUCGACCAUAACGGUGAUGGCUUGGUGAGCUGCGCAGAGCUUCGCUAUGCGAUGACCAAUCUGGGUCAAAAGCUCUCCUCGGAGGAUGUCGACGCGAUGAUUCGAGUGGUCGACAAGGACGCCAAAGGAAAACUGACCUUCGACGAGUUUGUUACCAUGGUUACGUCCAAGUGACUCGCAAGUGUGGCAGCGGUACAGGAGAGAAAAUUCGAGCAACUCCGUAGGCUGAAC